AUAUAGAGUGCAAAGAGGGACAUUUUGCAGGUUUUGAAAAAUUGAUAAAUACGGUCAAUUUACAUAAAAUAUUUUCCAUAUAUGUAACAGAUCAAUUUGUGGAAUUAAUUAAUAUUUGUAACAAUUAUCAUUGGUCAUAUUUAUGUUUGAUUUAGUUAAUUAUAACUCUAUACAUCAAUCAUUUUUAAAACCAGAUAAAAAACUGUUUAUAUUAUAUCUUUCUCGGUAUAGUAAUGAAAAUUGAACACAUUUGGAAUGGCAUCCCUUUACAUCGAUCGGAUAAAGAGCGAUUUUCAACGAUACGAUCACUGUCUCCCACGUAAAACAAGCUAUGAAAGAUGGUGUCCGGAAAUUGUCAUAAAACGCCUAAGUAGCCAAGGCUUUGACGAUUAUUAUAUUUCCAAGAAGUUGCCAGUUAAAAAGGACUGUAUGGAUUUCAUACCUAAAAUACCAAAAAUUGUCACGAUCGGUUUAAAACUGGAUCAUCAGGACAAUAAUAAUAAAAAUACUCACCAAUUUUGGGGCAUAGCUAUUAUCAAGAAUAUUUUGAUGCAAUACCUUAGCUUUAUUCACAGCAUUUGCAGAUAUCAAAGCAUUUUAUGGAAAACCAGUCCCAACUUAAUUGGUAGUAAUCCAUGGUGCGUUUUCUUCUUUUCUUACAAACCGGUCUGUUACUGUACCCACGUUUCGCAUCAUACACCGCUACAUUGCACGCAUGUACAUUCACCACACUGUGACCUUGAGGUAGUACACAAUUGCCAUUUUUCGAAGAAACAUUCUUGCAAAUUAGAGCCAUGCGACGAUAAGCCCAUCGAUCAGUGCCAAUUUAUAGAAAACACAAAGAAGAAAAAAGAUGCUUGUAACGAUAAUACGUUCGUUGCUGAUAAAAUCGAUAACAGACAAUCGGAUUACACGGUGAAAAAAUCUACUAAAUUCGUAUCGGAAAGCGAAUACAAUUCUCGUCGUACCACAUAUAACAGAUCUUAUAAUAAUCAAAUGGUAAAGUCAAAGAAAAGUGUUUGUUGCCAAACGGACAGAUCGUAUCCUAUAAAAUCGGAAAAGCAUGUUAAACAUAAUCAAAAAGAAAAUUAUACUUCGACGAACACAUCGUCUUCUAAAGACAUUAAGACGAUCUUCGCGACUGACCGCGCGAAUUUCCAUAGCGAAAGGAGUAAGACAAAUUUAGAAUUGCUAGGAACUCGGUAUAUGAAGAAAAUAGCAUCGAGAAAACACGGAAACAACACAACAGAGAAAAGGCCGAGAAAAUACGAUGCGGAGAAUUUGUCGAGAGUUCGUAGAAAAGAAAAUAAGUUUGUCAAACUUAAAAGACGCGGAACGAUUAAAAAUAUUAAUUUGUUACCAGAAAAUUUCUUCAGUAAUGGCGGCGUGACAAAUUUCGCCAGCGAUAAUCUGACGAAAAUACUGCGAAGGUAUAAUAGAAGAAAAGAAGAUUUAAGCGAAAACAGAAAGUACGAUCUUCAAAGAAUGUUGAAUAACAGGAUGGAGAACGACGUCGAUAUAUCUAAAUCGAUAGCUUGCAACGACACGUAUUUUAUAGAUAGUACAGACCGUGUGGAAGACGAAGAAGGAAUUACGCUUGAAAAUUCUGUUCCCGUUGAAUCCAAUGUAAAUUCACUAAAAACUUCAAACGUGUCAUGGAAAUCGAACAAUUAUUUGGUCGAAGAUAAAACUUCCGAAGUGAUAAUCCUUGGAAACGUGAAGAAACGAUUGGAAGAGGACUAUGAUGAUUAUUUUUCGCUUCACGAUGACGAUCUUUUCCACGAUGCAGAGGAUUCGAACGAUAUUUUAGAAAUAGAUCAACCUUCGACAGAAGUUACUAUGAAUCACUAUGAUUACUAUCGAUACACGUUAUAUAAUAUUUACCCCAACGAACCGAAAUCUGUACUGGUGACAGCGUCGGCAACGAAGCACCAAAAAACGAAGCAAGAAUUGACAGAACAGUCGGUACAAACCUCCCGAAACCGUACAUCUUCCAUUCACAAAUUCCGUUUUGCAAAUUCGAACUUGAAUUGCAAUCGCAACUCGUUAAGAGAGCAAGAAUGCAGUCCAAGCUCGUCGAUCGAGUAUUGCUCCGCUAGGGACAUUUCUUUAUCAAAGUUGCAAUCGUCCCACGACGAUUGUUUUUCAAAUGACGUUUCGUUCAAAGACGACAACAUGUUACAAGACACUAGGGAAUUUUUCGAUCACAUCCCAGUGGAUUCCUAUACUGUGUGCUAUUACCAACGGAACUCAACGCCAAGCUUUUCGAAUUCGUCUAAAUUGAUCACCGAAUCUCUAGAUUCUGGAACCUUAACUGAUUGUUCACGUGGUCAGUUUCGAAAUACGUCGAACGAACGACCUAACGAGAAAAGCGAGAAGAAGGUUAGAGAAGAGUGGAAAGGUUAUGUGAGAAAAGUGGAUUUGCUGCCUACCUACGAUUUUGACACGGAUAGCAGUUAUUCAGAUGAAUCGCUUGAUCGAAGAAUCGAUGUUGUGAUAAAAGAAUUCACGGAGAAUCUGAUUCUAAGUGAAAGAAAGGCGAAGACGAGAUUGAGAAAGAUGGAAAAUUCUACGAGACACAGGCCGACGAGUAAACGACGAAGGAAUAGGCAACAAGCACAGAGGGUAAGAGGGCGCAUCUCAAAACGAAGCUCUACCAGCAAAUUCGAAUCUUCUCCGCGGCUGAACGACGAUGAUUGGGUCAUAAGUAGCUCCACGCCACCCUUGUUCUCCUUUUCUGAUUCUGAAAUCGAUCACAUAUAGUUUUCUAAGAAAUCGGAACAAGUAUCACGCCUUAAAGCACAAUUUGAAGAUACGAAAUUACCAAUCUCCAAUUAUUUCAACUAGUUUUGUUGAGUCGCAGAACUUGUUACUAACCAAAGUUAGUAUUCUAGAUUAGUAUACAACGUUAAUAAAAGCUUCUUAUCAUAAAGAUUUUUAUUCUAAAGCGCAGAUUUUUAUGCAUUUAUGAGAAUGUAAACAGUUUAGAAAAUAGUGUGAAAUAUUCAGAGUAUAGUAC